CGGGCCUUGGGGCCGGGUGUCGGACGCGAUGGCCGCGCACCUGUCCUACGGGCGCGUGAACCUGAACGUGCUGCGCGAGGCGGUGCGGCGCGAGUUGCGCGAGUUCCUGGACAAGUGCGCGGGCAGCAAGGCCAUCGUCUGGGACGAGAGCCUCACGGGGCCGUUCGGCCUGAUCGCGCAGUAUUCGCUGCUGAAGGAACAUGAGGUGGAGAAGAUGUUCACGCUUAAAGGGAGUCGCUUGCCGCCAGCUGACGUCAAGAACAUCAUCUUUUUUGUCAGACCCAGGCUAGAGCUGAUGGAUAUAAUUGCCGAAAACGUGCUCAGCGAAGAUCGGCGCGGCCCGGCCAGAGACUUCCACAUCCUGUUUGUGCCGCGGCGGAGCCUGCUGUGUGAGCAGCGGCUGAAGGACCUGGGCGUGCUGGGCUCCUUCGUGCUCAGGGAGGAGUACGGGCUGGACCUUGUUCCGUUCGAUGGGGACCUGCUGUCCAUGGAGUCAGAGGGCGCCUUCAGGGAGUGCUACCUGGACAGUGACCAGACGAGCCUCUACCACGCGGCCAAGGGGCUCAUGACCCUGCAAGCUCUGUACGGGACGAUCCCCCAGAUCUUCGGGAAGGGAGAGUGUGCCAGGCAAGUGGCCAAUAUGAUGAUCAGGAUGAAGAGGGAGUCCACGGGAAGCCAGAGCGCCGUGUUCCCCGUCUUCGACAACCUCCUGCUGCUCGAUCGCAACGUGGAUCUGCUGACGCCACUGGCCACGCAGCUCACCUAUGAGGGGCUCAUUGACGAGACCUACGGCAUCCAGAACAGUUACGUGAAGUUGCCCCCCGAGAAGUUCGCACCCAAGAAACAGGGCGACGGGGGUAAGGAUCUCCCCACAGAAGCAAAGAAGCUCCAGCUGAACUCCGCGGAGGAGCUGUAUGCCGAGAUCCGGGACAAGAACUUCAACGCAGUAGGCUCCGUGCUCAGCAAGAAGGCGAAGGUCAUCUCCGCGGCCUUCGAGGAAAGGCACAAUGCCAAGACGGUUGGGGAGAUCAAGCAGUUCGUCUCCCAGUUACCCCACAUGCAGGCAGCCCGCGGCUCCCUGGCAAACCACACCUCCAUCGCCGAGCUCAUCAGGGAUGUGACUGCCUCCGAAGACUUCUUCGACAAGCUGACGGUGGAGCAGGAGUUCAUGACGGGCGUGGACACUGAGAAGGUCAACGGGUACAUUGAGGACUGCAUCGCCCAGAAGCAUCCUCUGACCAAGGUGCUGCGACUGGCCUGCCUGCAGUCUCUGUGCAAUGGCGGGCUCAAGCCCAAGGUCCUGGACCACUACAGAAGGGAGAUCCUGCAGACGUACGGCUACGAGCACAUCCUGACCCUGCACAACCUGGAGCAAGCGGGGCUGCUGCGGCCGCAGACAGGGGGCAGGAACAGCUACCCCACCAUCCGCAAGACCUUGCGCCUCUGGGUGGACGACGUCAACGAGCAGAGCCCCACGGACAUCUCCUACGUGUACAGCGGCUAUGCCCCGCUCAGCGUGCGGCUGGCCCAGCUGCUGGCCCGGCCCGGCUGGCGGAGCAUCGAGGAGGUUCUGCGCAUCCUCCCGGGGCCCCACUUCGAGGAGCGGCAGCCCCUGCCUGCGGGGCUGCAGAGGAAACGGCAGCCCGGGGAGAACCGAGUCACGCUGGUCUUUUUCCUCGGGGGUGUCACCUUUGCCGAAAUCGCUGCUCUGCGCUUUCUGUCCCAGCUGGAAGACGGGGGCACGGAGUAUGUCAUCGCCACCACCAAGCUGCUGAACGGGGCCAGCUGGCUGGAGUCCCUGAUGGAAAAGCCCUUCUAGCGCCUUCCAGACUCCGCGAGCCACCUGCCCGCACUGCCGCCGCGGUGGGCACCCCAGACGACGUGUGCCCCGGGGCCGGCUCCUUAAACCUCGCUGCGUCCUCUCUC